UCAGUUCACGCUUAUCACGGGGAUAAGGCGGGAGUACAGACUUCUAAUCAAAUCGCUAUAAAGUUGGCUCAGUGCAGGCUCUGAUCAGAGAACAUCCGUCUCCUCUCUGCUCUUUGCAAUUCUUCCGUCCAAUGGAACCAGUUCAACAGGAAGAAAGGAGGUUUUUGUCCAAUAAGAGUGAGAGAAAAUUGUUCGAUACUUUUGCGAACCUUUUUGCGCUGAUCAAAACCGUCGAUAAGCUCGAAAAGGCAUACGUGAGUAGUGCAGCAGACAGCGACCGCUAUGAAGCGGCUUGUGCGGAACUCAUCACAAAGUACAAGACUUUUCGUAGCUCCUGUGCAGACAUAGUGCCAGACUUACAUCAAUUCAUGUGGGGCAACCAUCCUCGGCAUCGCCUCCACGUGGGUUUUCCAGCGACGAUCGAGCACCGCGUAAGUCGCUGCGGUGACCGUGACUCAGCAGUGAGCGUUGCUGAGAGUGUUCAUCACUUCAUAGGUGCAAUGGACACGCUCAAACUGAAUAUGGCUGCAAAAGAUCAAGUCUCCCCUAUUCUUUUUGAUCUUAUUCAGAGCCUCUACAAAGUACCACAACUUCCAGCUGACUUCACUGGCAGGGCUUUACUUCAACGGUGGUUUGAUCAGCUUGAACAAAUGCGAGCUAGUGACAGGCUUCACGAGGAUGAGGUGCGCCAGCUUUUGUUUGACAUCGAAAGUGCAUACAAUACUUUCAUGCAGCUCAUAGGCCGAUCAUAGGACGACAAAGAAACGCACUUGAUAUAGAAAGGGCCACUGCGCGUAUUUUGUAGUAAAUAUAUAGUCUAGUCUAUU